UUGUGAAUUAAUAAUUGCAGAAACUGUGUUUAAAUCAUUGAAUUAUAUAUAACUGGACGGCCACCCACCCGCUAAAAUUUGAAGGCAACAUUUCGCUUAUGGAUCCCGAGAAAGGUCGCAAGGUGAUUGGUGGAAAGAUUGAAGUCAAAUUACGUAUUCGUGAACCUCUGACAGAUAAAGAUGUUGAAAUCUUGACGCAAAAAUGGUUGGUCAUAGAUGCAUUUGUAGCACCAACAAAUAAACCAAUCAGUGCUUCGUCAACAAGUAAGCUUAAAAAUACAGAAAAUGGCAGAAAAACAAAGAAUUCAAAGCAAUCUAAAGUUUGUACGAUUGAAUAAAGAUGCUCUUUAAAAUUAAUAUAUUUCAAUAAUAUGAACAAAGUGUAAAAAUCUUCUAAUUUAGACUUUUUAUAUUUUGAUAUUUAUUACGAUAUUUAUUUCGUGUCAUUUCAACAAUAACUCUCAUAAAUGAAAUUGUCGAAUAUUUAUCUGGAUUAUUUCCUCGUAACUAAUUUAAAAUCCACAACAUAAAUAACUCGUGAUUUUGUAAUAUGCUCUAAAGUAGUUAAGACUGUCUAAGGUCUAGUUCAAACGUCCAACUUUACAUGAACCGAACGUAUUUAAAACAAAAAAUAAUGAGGAAGUUCAUCUCAUUUUCUUUUGUCUUUAAGGUGUUUGGUUCAUGUAAAGUUCGACCUUUGAAACAGGCCUUAAGUUCAUUAUACUUUUAGUAAAAUCAUAGUCUUAACUCGCGGCUGUUUACAAUAUAACACUAUAUACAAAUAGCGAUUUAAAAGGAUGUAUAACUCAAUUUUUUUAACAUGCCUUCAACACGCUGUGUUGUGCAA